AUGAUUAGCAUAACCGAAAGUUUUUUAAUGAAGAAAGCAACUUUAAUUGUUGUUUUAUUUGUUUCAUUACACAUUCAGAAAACCUACACCGCUGAAAUUGCCAUGAUUUCAGAUUCAAGCUUCUUGACAGAAGCAGACACGUUGGUCUCACCCGCCGGAAUUUUUAAACUUGGGUUUUUCAGGCCAGGAAGCUCUGAGAACAAAUACGUUGGUAUUUCGUACAACAAAAUCUCUGUUGAAACAGUGGUUUGGGUUGCCAACAGAGACUUCCCAGUCAACGGUUCAUCAUCCGGCACACUGAGGAUCAUCUCUCCAGGAAAUCUCGUCCUCAUGAACGGGAACGACACAAAUGAUGUAAUCUGGUCAACCAAUACAACCUCAUCAGCUAACGUAACUGUACACCUUGAAGACAAUGGAAAUCUAGUUGUAAGAGAAACAAUAGAAGAGAAGAUUCUAUGGCAGAGUUUUGAUUAUCCAACAGAUACUCUUCUACCUGGCAUGAAAGUCGGGAGAAAUUUCUUAACGGGUAAGGAAUGGACACUAUCUUCAUGGAAGAGCAAUCAAGAUCCAGCUCCAGGUGAAUUCACAUGGAGCGCAGACACAAGCGGCUAUCCUCAGAUCAUACUAAAACAAGGCACAACAGUCAUCUUCCGAGGUGGACCAUGGAAUGAUGUUUGGUUUAGCGGGGAUUCUGCUUCCACUAGGAACAUCAUUACAGGAGAUAUGAUUAUUAAUGAAUCAGAGGCGUAUUACAGUUAUUCUCUUCUCAAUACUUCUGUUAUCUCGAGGCUUGUCUUGAAUUCAUCUGGCCAGCUAGAGCGUUGGGUGUGGGUUAAUGAUGUGAACAAAUGGCAGAUGUUCUUUCAGUUACAAAGAGAUUUCUGUGAUGGGUACAACAUCUGUUAUGGUUAUGGAACAUGCAGUGUUCUAACCUCACAAAGAUGUUCUUGUUUAGAUGCGAUAAGAUUCGUGCCCAGAAACGAGAAUGGAUGGGAGAUAACAGAUUGGUCGGGUGGUUGUGUGAGGCGAACACCAUUGGAUUGCAAAAAUGGAACCGAUGGCUUUAUCAGAGAAAAAUGCUUCGAUAAUUGUACCUGUAUGGCGUAUGCAAAUAUAGACAUUAGAGAGGGAGGAAGUGGGUGCUUGCUUUGGUUCGGUGAGCUUUUGGACAUGAGAGAGAUACCUGAUGGCAAUGGUGGUCAGGAUAUCUUUGUAAGAAUGGCUUCCUCAGAAAUAGAAAUAGUUACUACAGCUCAACCCGUUUCAGAGAAUAAGGAGAGAGCAAACCUCAAAGUCAUCUUACCAGUAGUUUUGCUUGGGGUUCUUCUGAUAGGAUUGGGCUCUACAUGGUUCCUUUUUGCAUGUAGAAAAAGGGGUGAUCCACAAUCAAUGAGGCAAGGCGAAUUCUUGCAUGUUGGUGAAAGUCAGAGAGAUUCCAUGGAGCUACCAUUAUUUAGCUUUUCUACAAUAGCUAAAGCUACUGCUAGUUUUUCUUUAGACAAUAAAAUUGGAGAAGGUGGAUUUGGAUCGGUUUAUAAGGGUAUGCUAGAAGAAGGACUCCAGAUUGCAGUUAAACGUUUAUCUAAGACUUCGAACCAAGGGCUUGUUGAGUUCAAGAAUGAAGUCAUUUACAUUUCAAAACUUCAACACCGAAAUCUUGUUAAACUCCUCGGAUGCAGCAUACAGGGAGACGAAAAUUUGUUGAUCUAUGAGUACAUGCCAAACAGAAGCUUAGACUCGUAUAUAUUUGAUAAGACACGAAGCAUGCUACUUGAUUGGACAAAGCGUAUGAACAUUAUCAAAGGAAUUGCUAGAGGGCUUCUUUAUCUCCAUCAAGAUUCACGCUUAAGGAUCAUCCAUAGAGAUCUUAAAGCUAGCAAUGUUCUACUUGAUCUGGACAUGAACCCUAAGAUAUCAGACUUUGGCAUGGCUAGGAGCAUUGGAGGAGGCGAGACUCAACCAAACACGGAGAGAGUUGUUGGCACAUAUGGUUACAUGUCGCCUGAGGCACUAAAAGGAGUUUUCUCAAUAAAAUCAGAUGUAUUUAGCUUUGGUGUCUUAGUGCUGGAGAUUGUGAGUGGGGAGAGAAAUCGGGGAUUCAUGCAUCCUGACCAUGACAAUAACCUCAUUGGACAUGCAUGGAGAACACAUAAUGAAGGCAGGUCAAUGGAACUCAUUGAUACAACUUUAGGCCAAUCAAGCAAUUCAUCAGAAGUUAUAAGAUCAAUUAUAGUUGGGUUGUUAUGUGUUCAACAAAAUCCAGAAGACAGGCCAAACAUGUCAUCGGUUAUUCUAAUGUUGGGAAACGAGGGUGCAUUGCUGAGACCUAAGCAACCAGCAUUUUUCUUAAAAACGAACACACUUGGUGCUGAUUUCUCUUCAAGCACUUGCCCAACAAGUUCAACCAAUGGUUUAACUGUUACAGAUGUAGUUGCUCGAUAGAAAGAACAUGCAUAGUUUCAACCUUCAGUUUUUUUUUUUUUUCUUUUUUUCUUUUUUCUU